ACUAUUCACAUGUGUGGUAGAUUUCCAAAACAAUCAAAAUACUGUGGUUGCCAAACGAACUGUCAAAAAAUCAAACUCAAAAUAAGCGGUUCUUUUCGUUAGCGGUUCUUCUAUUGUUUAUCGCUUUUGGUAACGCCGUGCGACAUUUUGUACUUCCUUCAGGGAUUUUGUUAAUUUGUUCGUUUUCAAUCAUUAAAUAUGUGGUUCUGCGUCGAACCUGUUUCAUCGAUCGACGAAUCAAUUGUGGGUGUGUUUUGUACGAGUGGAUUAUUAAGAAUUUCUAGCAAGGAAACGGUCCUUAAAACACCCAAUAUAAAUGGAAUUUUACAAAACAACCGUUUAAUUAUAUCGAUCGACAAUGCGUUGAUUCUGUACGAAGAUGAAAAACGCUGCAAUCAAGCGAAUUUUGUUGAUGCUGUGUCUCCGGUCGAAGUAAUUGCUGUCUCAGCUAGUGGAAAUAUCGUCGUAUGCGGUUUAACCAACGGUACCAUUGUUGUGCUGCACAUAUCUGGAGCUAUUUUGCUUACAUUAGAGUUGCAGAGCCCCGAUGGAAAGGGAGGAACCACCUUCGCCGGCAUAUUCGACGAAGGAAAUGGUCGGUUCUUACUACACACGACAAAAGGUUCGCUCCACAGACUUAUUCUCGAUGAAUCAAACAUUCUCGAAUCCAUUACUUCUGGUCAGCAAGAACAAAAGUUUUCCCAGUAUGCACAUUACGAGAAGUUGAUCGAAAAGUUGUUUAAAGAUCCAGUCUCAUGCUUCAUUCCGAUCCGGCAAUACUGUGACGGCAAGGAGACAAUCGUCCCGUUCAUUGCUGCUGCAAAUAAACAUUCGAUUUAUUUCUCCAGUUCGGAGAACGUCGAAACUGUCCCGCUGAAGCCGGAAUACAAUGGAGUGAAAAAAAUGUUUACCCUCAUGAACUGCAAAUACGCGUUGACCUACAGUGGUCAGCUGUUUGAAAUAUGUCCUCUGACGAAGAUGAUGUCGGAACUACCAUGCAUGUUUCGUAUCGAAGAGCUUGUGAUACUAGAAACUACUGGUGAAAUUAUCGAACUGCUCAUAACAACCAAGCCAGACUGUAACGGAAAGAUUCUGAUGAAGAUCGUUAGCUUCCCAUCGAUGGAAAUUCGCCAGGAAAUGGAAAUGUCCGAACACACUUGGUUGGUGCAGCAACCGAAAAAUUCGGCCAACAUCUACUACAUCGCUGGCCUAACGCACAGUGAGCCGAUAGUGCAAGAGUUCGAGCUGAAGAUACUGUCCGAAACGGACCCAUCGCUGCGUUUGGUAAAGCUAAUUAAAAUCGGACGUCUGGAUGAGGCUGAAGAGUUCGCCAAACAGUUCGAGCUGGACGUACAGCUGGUGUAUCAGGCACGUACAAAGCAACUGCUCGAAGGUCUCGGCACAUCACCCGACGCGGAAGAUUUGUUUUGCCGGUUAAUGAAGGCUUUGGCCGACGUAAAUGAUCCACUGUUUCUUACCUCCAUUCGUGAUGCCAACAUUGCUGAUAGGAACAUGAAAAAACGCUAUUUGCAGUUUCUGCUCGAAAAAGUGUCCGCUGCCCAGAACGUUGACAUGGAAUCGGUGAUCGAUAUCAACGAACGGUUGCUGCGCAUGGAAACGCUCAAGCUGAUCGAUCCAUACGAAAUCGACCAGGAUUGGCAGCAGUUUGUGUAUCACGACAAUCUACUGCAACUGUGCACCGAGCUGUUCCAGAAGGAUAUGGAUGCGGCGUGCUUGAUUUGGUCACGGCACAUCGCUUGCAUCUUGCCACAGCUCGACGACUCCAAAGUGGCCUGCCUGUUGCGUGCCAUACCGAAGGAAACGUCCCCAUUGCAUGUCGUGCAGUGGUUGCUUCAUUUCGUCGGACCCAUCCUGCACCAUCAACCGCAGCUAAUGCAUCUGCUGGUACAGUUUAUCGUAACGCGCACCAAAUCCUUCCAAAAGCUGGCCGGUUGGCCCAUGAUCGGUUUAACGUUUAUCGAGGAUGUGAUCAAGCUGCUGCAGGAGGUAAAGUUCCCGCUGAUCGAUCUGCGGCUACAGUACGACAGCAACAUGGAAGAAUUGCACCGCAUUGCAAGUGCGUUGCGCGAUCUUGUCAUACUGAAGCAGCAGUUCAAUCUGCAGGCGAGCCUCGAUUGUUACAUGCAGGAGGAUGUCAACAGUACCGCAUUCCGUUUGUUACAAAUAACACCGCUCAAUCUGCUCGCUCGCAUUGUUACCGAGUUUCUGUACAAAUUUUUCAUCGGCAAGGAGCAGUUGCUGUUUGAGCAAAUCGUACACUACGUGAAGUUUCUAACCGUUAAUCAGCACAACAGUUUCUGGGAUCAGCGGUGCGUUGCGCUCGUCGAGCUGCUGUAUGAUGAACAACAACAGCUGGAAACGGUGUUGGUAAUAUUGCGUGCCGCUCCGGUACCGUGGUCUCCAGCCGUUGCUUCACUAAUGCGCUACUCCGCUAGCGAUCUACCGAUCGCGGCCGAAACAAUCAACGAACAGAAUACGCAGAUCAUCAAAUGUCUGAAGGUGAAGUAUGGCUGGAGUCUGAAGGCACUGUUCAAUACCCAGCUGUUGGUGCAGCGUGUACUGAAGCUGCACCAUCCGGAGAUGCUGGCCGAUAUUAAUGCUAUCGUGAAAACAGAUCGCGGAUUGGCCUUCAGGACGGAUGUGAGCGUUAUUGUAAAGAUGGCUGAAUAUGGUGAAGUGAUUGCCGCUGCACAGUAUCUUGAUGAGUUGGAGAACACACGACGGGAUAAUUGCUGUCGAAGCAGCAUUUCGAUGAUGAUUCGUAUGAUCGAUGGAGGACGAAUUUCAACUGACAUGACGAACGCGUAUCUGGAAGCAUUACAGAUGCUGAAGCGACGAGCCAGUACCGAUCAGCAAAACGCUAUCCAGCAAAUCGUGAAUAUUGUCCAGCUACGUGCCGAGUUUGGAUUGUCCGUGUCCUGUGCCAGCUAUAGCCAUACAACCGAGCGCACCAGUUUGCUGCUUAACGGCAUUAGAAGCAUUUUUGCCAAGCUACAGCACAAUCGCGACCAGUUUGUCGAUUUGCUGCUGGGUGCAAUGAGACGGCUUUCGUCACUGUUGGGUAUGAAUUUGCUCGACUCCCUGUACGAGGUUAUGGUUUUGCUGAAAAACAUUCAUCUUAGCUGCCUUCUAGCGGGCCAGCUUACCGAAAUGGCUAACCUGCGACAACCGAACGCUUUCAGUUCGGUACAUCGUAUCGUUUCGUUGCUUCUCGUGCAGCAAGUACAAAGUAUGCAUUCGAACCAGUGCUACGCUUGGAUGGAAGAUCCACUUACAUUUCCUGUUUGUCGCGAGCUGCUUUAUCAAACCGCAACCGACUGUCCGCAGGAAGUAGCUGUCCGGUUGGAGCUGUUGCGCUGGAUCCAACUCGGUGCACGCUACUAUCCGGUCGGCAUUGAGGAUGAGUUCAGCAAACGUACGAUCAUCCCGGAAACCGUGUUUAACGCCAUGUACGAGCAGCUGGCGGAAGAUGGCAUAGCCAAACAGAAUGGCAUUAAUGGAACGACAAAUUUUAAAGACUUCAAACGUGAAUCACUUUCCACGUUCGAUGUGGUAAACGAUGAAUUCGAUCAGGUUAGCGUGCCAAGGAACCGACAGGUGCAGGAGCAAGAAACGAUCGUCACUUGCGUAGGGCUUGCACUGCAGAUGGUACUAUUGCGCGUGAAAGGGGGCACAGGUUCGAGUGGCACGUUCACACACCUUCUAGCCCUCAUUGGACCGAUAGAUGAGGUGGCCAUUUCCACCGCGUUUCAAACCACGCUCGACGGGUUGAUUCGUUUAAAACAAUACCCGCCGGUUAUCGGUAUUGUGCAUCAGCUGCGAUCCUAUCAAUCAACGCUAGGGCUACUGAUACCGACUCCGUACGCAGAAAACGUUUCGCGCAAAACGAUCAAGUACAUGCUUUCGCAAAAAGAACCCAACUAUAGCGGUGCCAUCAUGACGCUGUUCACGUGUGAAAACCGUGACGCCUGUCUCGAGUAUCUGCGCACCAAUCUUACGAAUGAAUCGCAGCGUAUCGCACUUCAUACGAUGCUCGAAUUUUAUUACUUCACCAUCGGGCAGGAAGCGAAGGCAGUGGAGGAGCGUAACCAGCGGCUUCGGUACACGCUGUUUUACGAGCUGUGCAAGCUAGAUCCUUCGCUGAAGGCCAAGAAAUCGUUCAUCUUCCACUCGCAGUCGGACCUGAUGAAGGAACUCAAGCACAAGGUGAUCAAUGUGGAGCUGCUGCGCAAGUUAAGCGACGCCUUCGGUUGGGACUACCAGCAGAUGCUCGUCUCGCAGGUAAUCACCCUGCUCGGCCAGCAGGAUCUUUCGUUCACCGUCCGCACGGACGCAUACGGACAGGAAGAGAUUGUCAUUAACGAAACAACAGAGGCGAUGCUGGCACAGCUGCAACCGUACCUGGCCGAGAUUGACAACGUGGUGCUGCUCUGCAGCAAACUGAGCAAGUACAUGGAACAGGCCAAUGGGUACUUUUACGAGCAGUUCUUCUGCAUCUUUGAGAUACUUUCGCAGUACGGCGAAACGAAGGAUGACAUACAGACGUGGCGUAACAUACUUACCUUCAUGAAGGAUCAGCUAACCGGGCGACGCCGUCAACGUCCGGGACAAACCGAACUCGAGGCUUGGAUGCGCAUACACUCCGACGGCGAUAUGCUGCCGGAAAUUGCCAAAUAUCGAUACCCGUUCAUGCUAAUCCUGCGCCAACCGCUAAAGGUUCUGCUGAAGGAAGACAUUACGAUCGAAAACUACCACAAACUGUUAAUACUGGUGUCGUUGAAAGCGUCCGCGGAGGGUUUGGAUUGUCGUGAGAUGAACGACUACUUCUGCCGAUCGGCCGUCAUCAAUUCGAUCAACGAGUACAAGAUUCAGAACAGAGAAAAAUCUCUACAUUCCGAAUGGCAUCGACAGUCGAAGAACAAAGCGUUCCUGCAGUCGAUACUUCGCAUCGUGGACAGUGUGUGCGAUUUGUCCACCAAACUGUACAUCCUGUACUACAUCACCUGCAAUGCGCUCGAUGGUGGCGAUCAGGUGAACGCAGCAUACGCCUGCUAUCAGUUUGCUCGCGCGCACGAAUCCAACCUGAUCGGCAUCCCGGAGGCGAAGGAUAAGAUCGAAAAGAUCUACCGGAAGUAUCCGGUGCUGAAAACGCAACAGCUGCUCCAGCAGUACGGUGUCACCGAUGAGAAACAGUUCCAGCUGGUGAAGAACCCGCAGGAACUGAUCCAGUCACUGUACAGCGAAUCGUGCUUCCAGAAGGUGAAGGUGAACGAACUAGCAACCACCAUCGGACAGCUGCACGAUUUGGACGUGGAAGCCAUUCAGAUGGGGCUGCUACAGAAAUGGCUUACGAUGUUCGGUGGAUCGGGCAUGGUGGCUGCUGCCGAUGCGUUCAACAACGGUAGCGGUAUGCUGGAGGAAACGCUUUACGAUGAUCAUAACGUUUCGGGCGCAAGCCAGGAAGAUGAAUCGAACGUGCAUGAGUGUAUGGCGCGUGCUUACUACAUUCUCAGCAGCUGGCAACGUUCGAAAAGUGUUGAGUUUCUGGUAGCCGAACUAAACUCCAGCCUGGAUGCAUCGCAAGGUGCAUCGGACGUGAGCAAACAGUUGCAGAUUUAUCAGUGCUUUAGCAAGCUUGUCGACGACAACUGUACGACGUACCGGGAAUUCUUCACCCAGAGACGUUACGUUGCGUUGAAGUGUGUCCACCUGCUGAAGGCGCUCGGCAUGCACACGAUCUCUGUCGUUCGGUUCGAAGAAACCGACAAGAUGGCAUUGCUAAAAAUGCUCUGGCAAUCGCACGCCACCAACCCGAAGGGACUGGAGGUGCUGUCACUGAUCUGCAUCGGGUACGACAUAUACGUACCGCAGAUCUGGAACGGCAUCCUGAAGCAGAUGGCACGGUUGGGGCUGGUGGGAAAUUUGCGUGCCCUGAUCGACAUCGUUACUGCCCACCGGCAGCUGUUUGGGCUCGAGGGCUACCGAAUGGCAUGGGAGCUGCUGAUCAAGGAACCGUUCCGCAGUGCAAAUCGGGAACAGUCGUUGGCCGAGGAUGCGCUACUCGCACGCUCGCUAGUGAUGGUCCAAAAGUGUCCCAUUUCGUUCCGCCUAAAUCUGAUCGAAAUUGCCGACGUUUGUGUUAACGUGAAUCGUGCCAAUAUGGCUGCGGUGUUGCUUGGUUUCUCCGACGAAGAGCAAAGAGAGGCGCUCAAGAAGCUAAUUGCAACCCUAGCUGUGCCAGAUUUGCACGAUCAAAUACGCGAGCUGGAAGAAUUUGGAUUGGCCACAACGAUCACGAAAGCAGUCUGUCGGGAACUAUUACAUUCCCCCCAAUCGUCUCCUUCAGUAGAGAAAAAAUGGCGUACAAACUAA